AUGGCUGAAGCUGUAUUUAAGGAUACAGUUAAACAAAAAGGGUUAGAGUCUCGUUUCAAUAUUGAUAGUGCGGGUACUGGAAAUUAUCAUGUUGGCGAAACACCUGAUCAUCGUUCGAUUCAAACAUGUAAGCAACAUGGGGUUCCCGUAGAUCAUUAUGCAAGGCAGGUUGUAAAGCAAGAUUUUAAGGAAUUUGAUUAUAUACUUUGCAUGGAUAAUUCAAAUUUAACUAGCUUACAAAGAACGAAACCAAAAGAUUCGAAAGCUACCAUUAAAUUAUUUGGUGAAUAUGACCCACAAGGGGAACGUUUAAUUCAAGAUCCGUAUUAUGGAGGAAUUGGUGGGUUUGAAAAGAAUUUUCAACAAGUAACCAGAUGUUCAGAGGCUUUUAUAGAAAGUUUGAACUUGGAAUGA